AUGAUCAUGAAGUCUGCGUUCCUUUUGAUAGUUUUCGUAACUUCUGUACAUGGUGCUAAACGGCUGAAAAGAGAUUUCAUGUUCGUGACGGAUACCAAUGGAACCGAUGCUGGCUGUUUUGCGGACUGUAAUGAGAAAUACAAGCAUGAUUUCGAAUACAGUUUCAACAUGAAUACAACAGACUUCUAUGAUUUUCCUUUCCAUCCUAUCGUUCUGCGCUAUUCAUCAUUUCUCCUGUUUUGUCGCUUGGCUCAACAAAGAACUGAAUGUUACCAGAACAAAUGCGGUGACACGAUGGCUGAUACAAUGUUUAGCCCGUCUAACUUCAUCUGCAGUUUCAAGAAAACACUUUUUAUGGAGGUUCGACCAUGCUUGGCGGAAGCUGAGCCAAAGUCAUUCCUUACUUGUGAUAAAAAAUGCCAAGAAAGUGUAACAAAGAAAGAAGAGAAUGACGGAGAAGAACCACGAAAAAUUUAUUCCAUGACGGAGAUGGAAGGAUACGAAGUAGAAUUGGACAAGCUUUGCACUUUCCAAUCCUGUUAUUUACAGUGUGUUGAGCCUAUCCUCAAAGAGACUUGUCCAGCAGAACUAGCUGCCAAAAGUGUGGACUUGCUGAAAUCUUUAGUUCAAUGGCAUGCUGGUGACAUAAAUGAUUGGCACAUGCUGAAUGAUAGACAAUCUCAGCUACCUGAGAGUUGUCAUCAACUGGCAAUUAGUCGACUAGUAAUUGAUAAAACAGAUCCAAUUUUACAAUUAUUUGAAAGAUAUUAG